AACACAACUACUAUUUAACCCCCUCAUGGCCUCAUCACCCACAUUCCCCUUUCACAUUCUUUAGCUAGCGCAACCAUGGUUCUCUCUUCCCCUUCCCCGUUAAGAACCAAAAAGACCCAAGCCAUUGGCAUCCCAAUCAUCGAUCUCUCCCUUGACACCACCACCUUAUCUCAACGCAUCAUCACGGCCUGUCAAGACUACGGUUUCUUCAAGGUCGUCAACCAUGGAGUCCCCAUUGAAAUCAUCUCCAAAAUGGAGGAAGUUGCUAAUGGUUUCUUCUUCAAGCCUGCCUCUGAAAAACUCAAAGCCAAAUCCAAUCCACCUAGCCCUUUCGGGUAUGGUUGCCGCAGCAUCGGUUUCAAUGGAGAUGUGGGUGAACUUGAAUACCUUCUACUUCAAGCCAACCCUGAUCAGAUUCUCCUUCACUCCGAUACCUUCAAUGUCGUCUCAGACCAACCAACAGAUUUCAGUUGUGCGGUGGAGGAUUACAUCCACGUAGUGAAAGGGUUGACAUGUGGGUUGUUGGAAAUAUUGGCACUUGGGCUUUCGUUAACUGACACAAACAUCUUUAGUCGGUUUAUUGAAGAUGUUGAUAGUGAUUCAUGUUUCCGUAUCAAUCAUUAUCCUGGGGUUAAAACUUCUAAAACUACUCAUGAAUCCAAUAAACCCUCUCAAUCACAUCAACGAAUUGGCUUCGGAGAGCAUUCCGACCCCCAGAUUUUUACCAUUUUGAGGUCAAAUGACGUUCCUGGCCUCCAAAUUUCUACCGUUGACGGUCUCUGGAUACCAGUUAAUGUCGAACCCACCGAUUUUUGCGUCUUUGUUGGAGAUGCAUUAGAGGUUUUGACGAAUGGAAGAUUAAAAAGCGUAAGGCAUAGAGUAAUGGCGAAUAUGUCGAGCAGGUCGAGAUUGUCGAUGAUGUAUUUUGCAGCACCAGCUAUGAACGAAUGGAUAUUUCCGAUCCCACAAAUGAUCUCACCGGGAGAACAAAGACUUUACAAGUCGUUUACGUGGAAUGAGUACAAAAAAGCUGCAUAUUCUCUACGUUUAGGGGACCAAAGAAUCGAUCUUUUUAAGUGUCAUUCGGGUUUAUGAUGAUAAAAUUAAUGUUCUCAUGUAUCUGAGAACAAUAUAUAGGUUAGAG